AUGGAGCAACGAAAGAAGUUAAACACCUCGUGGGAGGAGGAGGAGGAUAGUGGCGCACUGGCAUGGCACCUCCCAUGCCUUGUCCUCACUCCUUCCGCACACACCCCUUGCCCUGCCCUCACACCUUCCUACAAUACCCUCACAACCUUACCUCAUGCGCGCCACCCCACCUUCACACCACCAGCUACGGCCAUCGACUCCACCAGUGGUCUCUCCGCGGGAGCCAUAGCAGGCAUAGUUGUGGCGGCACUCCUUGCACUCGUCGCCCUCGCCCUCCUCCUCUGGUUCCUCUUCCGCCCAGCUGAACCUGCGUGCAAGCAGUACUCACUGGCGAAGAUCCAGCAGGCCACCAACUUCUUCUCGGAGGUGAAAGCGAUGGCGUGGCUGCAGCACCCAAGGCUGGUGCCACUGCUGGGGUAUUGCAUCGACUACAAUGAGAGCAGCCGGCAGAUGGAGCAGAUCAUCGUGUCUCAGUUCAUGCCCAAUGGGGACCUCUCACACAGGACAGGUGCAGUGCUGGUGCUGGAGCUGCUGACAGGCAGGGACCCCAUUCUCUCUGUUGAUGGCUCUCAGUCACACAUCCGGGAAUGGGCGACAGCAGAGCUCUCUAGCAGUGACGUCAGCUCCAUCAUUGACCCGUGGAUGGCCUCCCCAGCUGCCUCUACCAGUGACGUCCGCAUGGUCCAUGCAGACAUCCUGCAGAGCCUUGCAUCCCUGGCGUUGGCAUGCACUGCCAUGCCCGCUGCCUCGCGCCCCUCCAUGGCCAAAGUGCUCUCACAGCUGAAGCAGCUACACCAGGAAGUGGUCAGGCGGGAGGGGGAGAGUGGGUUGGAGCAUGGAAGCGGGUUUGUAGGGGUGGAUAUGGGGGUGGGAGGGGUUGGAGGAGUGGGCGGGCCGGUCAAGGAGAAGUGGGAGAGCCCAGCAGAUGGGCCAUCAGCGGUGAGUGUGACCCCGGUGACGGCUGUGAGGGAUACGACGGGCAGCUUGGAAGGGAAUGAGAGCUCGAGUGCUGGAGAAGGGACAAGUGGAGAGGCGAGUGCGAGUGGAAGCAUUGCUGGCUAUCGCACCUGA